AUGGACCGUUCUAUAUAUAGUCGCAAAGGCGUAAGCGAGAAGAGCCUGGAGCUUCUUUUCAACAAGUGUACUCAACUAGAAGAUCUCUAUUUGGAGUGUUCGCAGCGUGCUGCCAUGUUUCCUCCAUCAAUCGACCGGCUCACCUUGCUCAGGAGCCUGCGUCUCGAGGCAAACGCUGUCACGCGUCUUCCCGACACACUGACCUCGUUGCAAUCCCUCAGAAGCCUCGAGCUGCACGCUGGCAGACUCGAGGUGUUGCCGUCAGAUCUCGGCAAUCUGCUUCUCUUAACGUCGCUCAAGCUGCACGGUUGCCGCUCCCUGGCGUCGCUUCCGGAAUCUUUCAGGCAACUUGCCAAUCUGAACCUUCUAUCCUUGGAUUUCUGCUCCAUGAUGCAGCUGCCUGCGUCCCUCACCGACCUUCCUUCUCUCACCGUCCUGAAGAUUAGGGGCUGUAACUUUCCUCUCCCGUCUCCCGUCGAUUUUCCGCGGCUAUGGAGGCUCGAAUCAGUCUGUCUGGAAGCAGUGAAGGGAAUGCGCGGGCUAAUCGAGGCGUUAGAGCAUCUGUGCCGUCUCAAGACUCUCGUUAUCAAACGCUGCAGCGAUAUCACCUCUCUGCCUGAGUCGCUAUUCCGCCUGCCUUCGCUUACCAGUCCCACCCUUGACAUGCCACAACUCUCAGCUCUUCCUGACCAUGUUGGGCUGUUGUCAAAGCUGCGAACACUGAAUUUGGAGAUGAAGGAGCUCGCAAGUCUUCCUUGUUCCAUCGCUCUGGUUACCACGCUCCAAGAGCUUUCCUUGGAUAAUCUCUGGAACCUGCCGUCUCUGCCCGAGGAGUUAGGGCAGCUGAGUGCUUUGGAAACGCUUCACCUGAAAAACCUUUGCCAGCACACACGCCUGCCUGAUUCCCUCGGGCAGCUGACAGCUCUCCGGGAGCUGAAAAUAGAGGAGUGCGGGCAGCUGCAGCAACUUCCGGACACCCUGUCCCAGCUAUCGUCUCUCGAGCACCUGGAGAUUGAGACGUGCACGGGCCUCACCGCGCUGCCAGAUGAAAUGGGGAACGGUCUGCACCGCUUGCGAUCUCUGCAUCUAAACCGCUGCUCAUCUCUCACCCACCUCCCUCCAACCUUCUCCGGCCUGACUUCUCUCCAAACCCUCAAGAUUAUCAAAGCUAAAAGCUUUAGAGGCACCCUACUAGACGGUUUCGGCUGCCUGAAAAGCCUCAGAGAGUUGGUGCUUCAACACAUGCCCCGCCUAUCUGCCCUUCCUGACCGCGUCUCAGGAGCUUCUUCACUCACCAGCCUGGAUAUUCUAAACUGCCCUAAAGUAACGGUCCUGCCAGAGGGAAUCGGACGGUUGGAGGCGCUCGAGGUGGUCAAGAUCGUACGGAUGGACGGCUUGAGGGAUCUCCCUGGGUCGCUGGUUAGGCUGCCCUGCCUGCGCGUGCUGGAGGUGCGGGCAUGCUGUGGGGUUGGUGCGCUGCUAGGGGAUGAGGUGGUGCACGAACGCACCUCCAGUGGCUCUUUGGCACACUCUAACCGCACCUGCGCAUUCUGCACCGGCGCUUUCAGCACUGGCACCAGCAACACCGACACGAGCAGCACCGGCAGCGACAGCAGGGCACUGCUUCCGUCCCUCGCGAGUCUCAAGAUUAAGUCGGUUUCCUGCCACGCCCUUGCCAUCCAGUUGGAGGCUCUGCCUGACACCUUUGGAGGGCUCUCAGGUCUGCGGGUCUUAAAGCUGGUUGACCUCAUUGCGUUACGGCAGCUGCCUGAGUCUUUCGGGCAGCUGAAAAUGCUUGAGACGCUGGAGAUCAUUGACUGCUACAAGCUGAUGAAGCUUCCAAGUUCCUUCGCGAAUCUGUCCAAGCUGCAAUCGUGCAUCCUCACCAAGAAUGGGAUCAGGACAUUUCCGGUUGAUUUCUGGAAACUGGCUUCCCUGCAAAAGUUGGUGCUCGUCGGGCUGCAGCACAUGCGCAGCCUGCCAGAGUCCUUCUCUAAGCUGCCGAAGCUGCAGGUGCUGCGGGUGACAGAGUGCCACAAUUUGGCCCGGCUACCGACUGCUCUCGGGAGAAUGCCAACGCUGCGCGAGUAUGAUGUCAGAGACUGUCCUUUUCUCCCUUGGCGAGACGAGAGGUGGGCUCCUGCAAGGGCUCAAGAGGGGGAUGGGGAGGAAGGAGAGGGAGUGGUGGUUGGGAAAGGGGGAGAGGAGGAAGGAGGGGCGGAGGUAGAGGGUAAGGAGAGUGGAGAUGUGGCAGGGGAAGGGGACGAGGCGGACAGCGAGGCAGAGGAGGAUGCAGAGAGUUGUUUUGAGAAUUUGCAGAUCCUGCAUGACUAUGGCAGGGACAGUGAGGAUGACAGGUACGUCGACGAGGGGGGCUGGGGGUCGAGUGAUGAAGACGAGGAGGAGGAGGAGGACGACGGCGACGACGAGGAGGACGACGAGGACGACGAGGAGGACGAGGAGGACGAGGAGGAGGAGGAGGAGGAGGAGGAGGACGAGGAGGAAUAG